GAGCAUAGUGUGUUUGAAGGCAGCUGGGGGAGGGGCCGCCAUUUUGUCCGGAGCUAGAGUUUCCCGGCGAGGCCUGAGAGGUGGAGCCUGACUCAGGGAGGGAGAGACGGGACUUUGAGAGCCUGACACCGGGAGGUGGGAGAGAUAACGAGUUUAACUGACGUCGGGCCCAGCAAGCAGUGUAUGAGUGUCCCGUAGAGUCGCCGCAGUGACUGAUAGGAGCGCAGCUCCAGCACACAGGGCCCAUGGCGAAGAAGACCUACGAUCUACUCUUCAAGUUGCUGCUCAUCGGGGAUUCCGGGGUGGGAAAGACCUGCGUGCUCUUCCGCUUCUCUGACGAUGCCUUCAAUACCACCUUCAUCUCUACUAUAGGUAUAGACUUCAAGAUCAAAACAGUUGAGUUACAAGGAAAGAAGAUCAAAUUACAGAUAUGGGACACAGCCGGGCAGGAGCGAUUCCACACCAUCACCACCUCAUACUACAGAGGAGCCAUGGGAAUCAUGCUGGUCUAUGAUAUCACAAAUGCCAAAAGCUUUGAGAACAUCAGCAAGUGGCUCAGGAAUAUAGACGAGACUCCAGUUAAAGAACCCAACAGUGAAAAUGUAGAUAUCAGCAGCGGGGGCGGCGUCACGGGCUGGAAGAGCAAAUGUUGUUGAGCGUCUUUUGUUUGCGACAUUACCAUCCACUGUCCCCACCCCCUUAUGCUUCCCUCCCCUUCCUACCUGCAACAUAAACCACUUGCCCCUCUUACCCACCCCCUCCAUUUUAACCUAUAAAAUGAAUGUUUCCUUGGCCCUCCUAUCAUAUUAACAAGAAUUUUCUCCCAUUCUCCUCUCAUCUAAAGUAUGCUUGCUGGUAUCAUUUUCUCAAAAUGUGUAUAGAAAAUGGAAAAAAAACACGCACACACACACGUAAAUAAAUCAUGUUUGUGACAUAUAUCAUUUUAAAGCUACAUUGUCACUACAUUUUGGUUUUUCAUAAUACCCCUGGUUCUUAUCACUACUAAAACAAAGAAAACCCAUGAGCCAAUUACAGAAAUCAUUGCAACUACUCCUGGAAAAGAACGAAAGUUGUACAAUAAAUGUUAGACUUAA